AUGAGAUUCGUCGAUGUCCGCUGCACUGGUCGGAAGCCCUGUAAUGCUUUGACAUUUGGCAGCGAAUUACUCCGUGAUAUCGUGAUGACGUCUGGCGAUCUGCUCCAUCAGAUGAGGAAUGAGAGGAAAACAACACAUGCGCAACUUCAAGUUGCACGGCAGCAGGCACAAUGCUUCCAGAGGACCGGUUUCAUCGCGUCCAACUCGCAGUUGAUACUGAAGGGUUCAACUGAAGCCGGGUCGUAUUGGUUGGUUCACCAUCCGAUGCGGUUCGGUGAACAUGACAUCCAUAAAGCCAUUGAGCUUGAGCUGUGUGACAAAAAAUAUUCCAAGCUGGCUUUGGAAAGUGUUCUCAUCGUGGCGGCGAGGCGAGGCGUCGAGUUGCUGAUGGGCUGCAACUAG